CCGCUAUCUACUUUCAUUCACAAAACUUUCAACACAGCAGUCACCGCUCUCCUGACACUACACCACGGUCUGCUGAAAUUGUUUUUUUUACACAUUAUGUUUCAUUUUCUAACGGUGCCGGAAAGUUAACGGGGCAAGUUUUUUGGCUAGCUGUCCCGGUGAAGUCUCAUUACCAGGCGGACGUCGGGGUUGAGCGCGAGUGUCUAUUUGGGGGGUGUGACAGCACUCUCCGUACAGCUGUGCCGGGGCUUGUUUAUGAGUUGAACAGGUUGCUUUACGGAGCUGCAGGAAAGGAAACACACCGGGUCAUGUUCUUUAAACACGUACAGGCGCUGACCGCCCGCCUGUCGGAGGACUUGCCGGUCAGAACUGCCGCUUGAUUUGAGCUGAAUGAGCUCCAAGCCGGCGCGACCGGUUCGAUGUUGUUGACAUUCAUCCAUCAAACAUGGAAACUUUGAGAAGUAGUAAGUAGCUGAAGUGGGCUGAUUUUUAAAGCUUGACAUUUUGGAGAUUGUAGAUGAUCCUCAAGCACAGGGUGCUCGAGAAGUUGUUAUGUCAUUCAUCAUCAUUGCUGUGAUGAUCACGAGUGUAGGGCAAUGACAGAGGAAGAGGCGGGAAAAAGCUUAAAAAUUUAGGUGCCCCAAAGACUUGUUUUGAUCUUUUUUCAACACAGACAUUAAUCCGUCUUAGAUUGGCAACAUGUUGUCCGGUCUGUUGCUGGAUUUAUGUAUUAAGGAUGACGUCAUUGUGCAUUGAUGUAACCACUGACAGAAGGUUUUGCUGAAAAUGUGCUGAGUCUGCUCAUCUCAUACAAUUGCUGCUAAAAGGAGGACAGAGAGGCUUGUGGAUGACAUGAAUGACAAACAGGACAGGCCAUAUGUGUGCGGCGCCCCGGGCUGCUCUCAGCGCUUCCAGUUGGAGGAGCACCUGAUCAUCCACAGACACAAGCAUGAAAUGACCCUCAAGUUCCCCUCCAUCAAAACGGACACGGCUUUUACAGAUCAGACGCCGACGCCAACCCGAUUUCUGCAGAACUGUGACGAGGUUGGUCUGUUCAAGGAGAUAGAGGAGGAGUUUCUUCAAGCACAAGAAGAAGAAAAGAGCAAACAGACGCUUACCCAUAAUGGGCCGUCCUGUAUGAACCAGCACCAGCUCAAACCCCAGCUUCAGCUCCAGCACCCACCCCAGCCUCAGCACCCACAUCCCCAGCCACCGCUGCACCACCCCCAGACCCAUCCCCUGCAGCAUCCCCAGUCCCAUGGCCCCAUUCUGGGCCCUAGCUGCAGCCUGGCUGCCCAGCAAACUCUGUCCUCCUCCCAGUCCGGAUCAGUCAUCACCCAGGCUCCUUCCACGCUCACACACUCAGGCCCAGUUCCCGGGCCACUGUCCUCUCUCCACCACAUGCGGAACAGACACAGACAACCGCUGCCAGCCUCCUUACCAGGCCCCCUGCCAGACCCCGCCAUGCAAGGGGCAUCUGCUCAGCACAUGCCUAUAGAGAAGCAGAUGUCUUGUGUAAUGGGUAUACCAGGUCCUGUACACAACCCAUCCUGUUCUUCACCUCAGAGAUCCAAACAGACACUGGGCCAUCAUUUCCAACAGCACCACCCAGGAAUGGUCGUCAUCAACAACCCCGUUACAUCCAUGGGUCAUAUGAUGGAGAUGAUGCCACAGCGCCACCAGGCACCUCCACUACAACACCACCAUCAUCCCCAUCCUCAUCAUCAUCAUCAUCCUCAUCAUCCACAGCUUCCAGCUCCUCCACCCCUCUCCUACCAACAGCGAUGCCACGUCCCUCCUCCACAGCACUUGGGAAGCUCGCACGGCCACCAGCUUCACCAGUCAGGGAACACGCCGCACGCUCAGGCUCACCAGUCACCGCCUUCACACCUGCACCAGGCAUCACCGCCUGCACCCCCACUGACUGUUCCAGCACAGUUAUCACCAGUUGCACAGCAGAUGCAGCCCUCGCAGCCUUCCCAUUCCCAGCAUGCAGUGCAGGCAGGUGGUAGCUGCAGCAGUGGUGGAGCAGGAGGAGGAGGAGGAGGAGGAGGCAGCGGCAACCGUCGGAGGAGGACGGCUGAGCAGGACCCCGAUGAGCGCAGGCAGAAAUUUCUGGAGCGUAACCGGGCUGCAGCCACCCGCUGCCGACAGAAGAGAAAGCUGUGGGUGUCGUCGCUGGAGAAGAAAGCCGAAGAGCUGACGCACACAAACCUGCAGCUACAGAAUGAGGUGACGUCGCUGAGGUCGGAGGUGGGUCAGCUGAAGCAGAUUCUGCUCACCCACAAGGACUGUCCUGUUACUGCCCGGCAGAGAGAGGCACAGGGGUACCCCACUGCAGGGGUGAGCCCGGGAGGAAGUCCCACCCCUGUAGGUCCUGGGUCUCAUCUUCAGGCCAUCCAGCACAACAGCAUCUCCACCUCCUCGACAGCCGCAGGCGACACAAGCCUCGACACCCAGCCUGGACGCUAGCCCUCACCGUACAGUAGAGGAGGGUGGUGGGACUGGAUGCCUGGAUGAAUCCAACCGGACUGAAAUAUCUUUCUGUCAUAACUACACUAAAGUCUCACCAAACUGCGGAUCCAUGUCUCUUUACAUUGUAGAUGAAAUACUGGACUGGAUAGACGAAUUUGUAUUGGUAUUUUUCAACAUUAUUCUGGUUGGAGAGGAUACCAGACACUGCAUACUGAGAGAUGCUCCUAGUUUCAUUUCCAUAGUUUCAAACAUGCAAAAAUUUUCCUUUUCUGAAAGCCUUGUUAAAAACUGUGAUGUUACAUUGGCAACUGGAUCCUGUGUUUGUUCAGAAAAUGUCUGUUUCUGUUAACAGCAAUCUGACCAUUGCCUGCCUCCCCACUGACUAUGCACACACACUAUCAUAACACAUCAUUUCAGUCUCCUGUUUGCUCUUGUAUCUUGCACUAAUUUUAAAAAACAAAGCCUAUACUAUAUUAGUUUAUAUUUUUAACAGAGCAGCUGCAAGUGCACACCUUUUGCCUUCUCUACGAUGCAGAGGCAGCUUGUCAAAACUAUGUAUUUUUCUACAAAUUAUUAAUACCAAGACAAAAAAUGUUUAUUUUAAGAUUUCAAAUCAAACCCGUGUCUGUCUUGGAAAGCCAUUUAAAACUUGAUUGUACAGGUUUUCCUUUCAGGCAAUUGUUUUGUUUUUUUUUUUAACACAACUUCCCUAAGACACUAAAUAAGUAUAAACUGCACCUCAUGUCUCAGUCCCUGUCAGUUUAAUUUAAUUUACACUUAAGUUACACUUUUUGUACUGUAAAGAUGUUGACAAUCGCUGUAAAUCUAAUGCUAAAAUAAAAACACUUAUUCUGGUA